AUGGAUCUCAUGAACAGGGUGUUUAGCCCGUAUCUUGACCGCUUUGUGAUUGUGUUCAUUGAUGACAUAUUGGUUUAUUCUAAGAGUGAGGAGUUACAUGCUGAGCAUUUGAAUAUUGUGUUGGAGACUCUGCGGCUAUACCAAUUAAUUGCCGCUCCUCUUACCAAGUUAACGAGAAAGGGUGUCAGAUUUGUUUGGUCUGAAAAUUGUGAGCGGAGUUUCCAAGAACUUAAGAGUCGGUUGACUAGUGCUCCAAUCCUAUCCUUGCCUGAUGUUAGUGGGGAGUAUGUAAUUUACAGUGAUGCCUCUAGACAAGGCUUAGGCUGUGUUUUAAUGCAGCAUGGUAAUGUGAUUGCUUAUGCUUCUAGACAGUUGAAGCCACAUGAGUCGAAUUAUCCUACACAUGAUUUAGAGUUGGCAGCUAUUGUGUUUGCUCUUAAGUUGUGGAGGCAUUAUCUGUAUGGAGCCAGAUAUUAUGAUUGUACCAUUGAGUACCACCCCGGUAAGGCGAAUGUGGUGGCGUAUGCACUUAGUAGGAACCCAUCCGUGACCUUGUCAUAUUUAUGGGCCACUCGAGUACCCCUAUUGUCAGAGUUGAGGUCUACAGGGGUUGAGUUAUCGGUUGAUGAGGUUGGUACUCUGGUGGCUAGUUUUCAUGUGAAACCAGCAUUCAUUGAUAAAAUACGGGAAGCUCAGCCUCUUGACCCAAGAAUUGAAGGGAUUAAGGAAGGUGUUCGUGGUGGUUGGCAACUUGAGUUUUCUAUUCGAAGAGAUGGGACAUUGAUGUUUGGAAAGAGACUUUGUGUUCCUAAUGUUGAAGCACCUAAACGAGAAAUACUUGAUGAAGCUCAUAACUCCGCGUAUGCCCUGCAUCCUGGUGGUACAAAAAUGUAUCGGACUCUCAAAGAAUACUAUUGGUGGCCAAACAUGAAAAGAGAAAUUGCAGCUUUUGUGGCUCAUUUUCUGGCGGUUAAGGAAACCUUUAGUUUGGAUAAAUUAGCAAAGCUGUAUGUGGACGAAAUUGUAAAGCUUCAUGGUGUUCCCGAGUCCAUUGUUUCUGAUCGCGAUGCUCGAUUCACAUCAAAAUUUUGGAGGAAGAUUCACAUCAAAAUUUUGGAGGAAGGUUCACAAAUUUAUCACUCGAGUAUUGGUAUGGCUCCCUACGAAGCUUUAUAUGGGAAACAGUGUAGGACCCCAUUAUGUUGGGAUGAAGUGGAAGAAAGACAACUCAUUGGUCCUGAGAUUAUUGAAAUCACAACAGAUAAAAUUAAAGUGAUCAGAGAGAGGCUCAAGACGGCUCAAAGCAGACAGAAGAGCUACACCGAUAAUCACAGGAAGCAUCUUGAAUUUCAAGUUGGUGAUUGGGUAUUUUUGAAAUUAUCUCCUUGGAAGGGUGUGGUAAGGUUUGGUAAACGAGGGAAACUAAGUCCAAGGUAUAUUGGUCCCUAUGAGAUUGUGGAAUGA